AUGGCACGAACUUUGCGUGCUAUAGUACAGGUCUUGCUCUUUGCCUCAGCAGUGUCGCAGAGUUCUGACACUGGUCACUUGACUUCCUCCUCUUCGUCUUUCUGUCCAUCACGAACUGUGAACUAUAUUACUCACAAGCUUCCGCAGCAAUGCCUCGCAACCAGCCGAGCAGUAAAUUCCAGUCCUACACAAGCUGUUAGCAACAGCACAGCGGUUGCUGAGAUUGCCGAGACCUCCACAUCGAUAUCGUACCUCGACUCCCAAGAACCGCAGCUCAAAACCGUAUCUGCUCCCUUGAUAACGUUGACCGCCACGACCCUUCACGAGAGCUUCAGACAGCCACAUGCCACUGUCGUCACAGAAGGACAUACGCCGAAAGAGUUAGCAAUACCUGACGAUACUCUCAGCGAAGACUCGGCAUUGGAGAGCGGCAAUUUUCUCUCCUUUGAAGAAUGGAAGAAACAAAAUUUAAAGAAGGCAGGCCAGUCGGAACAUAUUGCUCAGCGAGAUCAAGGGGAUGGUCACGAACCUCGGCAAAGACCUGCUGGCGUGCAUAAUUCACUGGAGGUUCUUGGGGAAGACGGUGAGAUCGAUCUGGAUUUUUCUGGUUUCGUGCCAGGUCAUGAAAAGUCUUUUCUUGAGACUUCUCGUCCUGUCACCGGAUCGCAGGCAUCAGAACCAGAGGUCACAUCCGAUAAAAAACCCGGGGGCAAGCGUAGGAGCAAGGACGCUGGUCGCACCAGCAAAGAACGAUUCAAUUAUGCCUCCUUUGAUUGUGCUGCAAAUUUCAAGAAGAGCAACAAGGAAGCUAAAAGUGCUCAGGCUGUUCUGUCUGAGAACAAGGAUUCUUACAUGCUCAACCAAUGUUCCGCGCAAGAAAAGUUCAUCAUACUCGAGCUUUGUAAUGAUAUUCUUAUUGACACAGUCGUCCUCGCAAAUUUCGAAUUCUUCAGUUCUACCUUUCGCACCUUCAAAGUUAGUGUUUCCGAUGCUUACCCAGUAAAAGUUGAGAAGUGGAAAACCUUGGGUGUGUACGAAGCUCGUAAUACACGAGAAAUACAGGCCUUUCUGGUUGAAGAUCCGAUAAUAUGGGCACGAUACCUCCGGAUCGAGUUUCUGACCCAUUAUGGCAAUGAAUUCUAUUGUCCUGUGAGCCUGGUCCGUGUCCACGGUACUACGAUGAUGGAAGAUUGGAAGCACUACCAAGGUAGUGCAUCUGGUGAAGAUAGUGAAGAGGACGAGCAGGUAUCUGCUGAAGAGGCUGUGGUCGACUGCUCCAUUAUAGAAGCUGUUGCAGAACCUGCUUCUAUCUCUAGCGAUACAGAUGCGACGUCGAUCACUAUUCUGCAUCCAGAAGCAAGUCAAUUGCCGGAAGACGUAGAGGAAGCGUCAUCUCAAGAGGUGAUGCCACACACGGAUACCACCACUGCAUCAAUACCCCCGAUUGAGGCUGUCAUGUCGGCUCUGGCAUCUUCCAGCACGUGUGUUCCAGAGGACCACACAACCGAUUUACAGAGUGGUGGGAGAAUAACAAGUGAACGAUCGUCAAUCAAGGCGAAAACAACACUGUCGGGUUCUUCUGAAAUCGGGUCUCAACCCACUACGAACGCAAUGCCUUCGUCCAGUAGCACUAGUACGAAGUCUGCCAAAGUUCAGCACGCAAUUUCUUUGGACGUAAAGAAUGUGACGGAGCACAACUCUCAUGAGAUCGCCACAGGAGCAGCUUCGAUGAAGAACAGUAGUCAGGUCUCUCCCAACAUGACAUCUGCGACAAAGAAUUUGAAUACCACUAAUAUUUCGAGCGCAUCUACAAUGAAACCCGCAUCCUCUGCGGUCAGCUUGGACAAGUCGCGGGUGAGCAGUACUGCCACGCAAGCACAACCAGCAGCACCGACCACGCAAGAUUCCUUCUUCAAGGCCGUUCAGAAGCGUGUGCAAAUGCUUGAGGCGAACUCAUCUCUCUCGUUGCAAUACAUCGAGGAUCAAUCUCGGGCCCUGAGAGAUGCGUUCAAGAAAGUGGAACAGCGGCAACUAGCACGAACGAGCAACUUCCUUGAUCAGCUAAAUCAGACAGUACUGAUUGAGCUCAGAGAAUUCCGUCAACAGUACGACCAGCUCUGGCAGUCAACAGUGAUUGAGCUUGAGAUGCAGCGUGAAAGAUACGAGCAUGAUAACAAAGCCAUCAACGUCAGGAUCGGUCUGCUAGCUGAUGAAGUCAUUUUUCAACGUCGAAUGGCCAUUAUGCAGAUGGUCCUGAUUGUUGUUUGUCUAGUGCUUGUACUCUUUUCACGUGGCACGAUCAGUAACUAUCUGGAAUUACCUAUCGUACAGAAUGUCUUGUCAAGGUCACCGAGUUCUCGAUGGCUCAACAAGUCGACUGACACAACACGACGUCCACUCGAGCCAUUACACACUCAACCCGCUCAUCAGCUUCGAUCUGAACGAGGUGGAAUCUUGAAGGGUCAUCAACGAAUGCGAUCUGAAGACUCCGUUACUGACACACAAAGUGGUAAUGAUAAUUAUGCACCUCCGACUCCCGUCAGUGACUACGGUCAGCGUGAUGAGCUCCUCUCGAAAGACGAAAUCAACGACCCUUUCGACUCUGAGAAAGAGGCAGCCAAAUACGAAGAUCCUGAAUUUGAUCCCAGCACGAUUGAAAGACCCGCUACGAGCCCUCCGACGCUGCGCGUCAACGGUGAAUCAUCAAGCAUUGCAGGAACUAUUGAGAUGUCCGAAGACGACAUUGAUUCUCCCGUGGCCAAUAGACUUCUGAGUCAUCCUGCUACCGAUCAAUUCCUGCAACAUCCCUUAGCCUUGCAUGAUGGAUCAUCUGUACCCAAGCAUCUCUCAUGGGAUCUGCCAGAUGGAUGA